AGUUUUUUUCAGAAUGUGGCAGAAAUAUGUAUCGCUUCUUAUUUUCGCUGCAGCUGCUAGUUGUUUCAAUAUCGACACGAAUUUUCCGAAGGUAUUCGUUGAUCCUGCCUCAACGAAAAACAAGAAUAUGAAAUCCUAUUUUGGAUAUUCAGUUGUUAUGAACCCAAUGAGCAAUACGAAUCCAGUUGAGUGGAUCAGAAUUGGAGCCCCAAUAGCAAAAAAUUCUCUCGGAACAAUAGAUGGAUUGGUCUACAAUUGUGAUAUGAAUGGCUGUGAACCAAUUGAAUUACCAAAAUCCAUCUUUCGCAAUGAAAGAAUCAAAGAAAAAUUGGAACAUGGGUGGAUAGGAGGAACAAUGGACAUAAGUUACGAAUUUGAUAGGAUGACGGUUUGCGCAUUCCAUAGAUAUUAUGUUAAUGGAGGAGAUUUUACAACAAUGGGUACCUGCUAUUUGUCAACGUUGAAUUCAACAACCUUUGAGAAUAUGGACCCCUUAUUAGAUCCUUAUGUACCUGUUGCAGAUAAACGUUAUUAUUUAUAUGGCCAAGGACAAGCCGGAUUCUCAGCACAUUUCUCUAACCAUCGCGGUGAUUUCAUUGAUUUGGUGUUGGGUGCCCCUGGAGUGUAUAACUGGGCUGGAACACCCAUAAAAGUCAAAUAUGAGGUGAUCAAUAGCCCUCCUGCUAACAGAAGAAGGAAAAAAAGAGCCACUAACUAUCACAAGACAGUCGCUAUUCCUGAUACCAGCGAAACACUUGUCGACAACAUACUGUUUGGUUAUGCAGUUACUUCAGGAUAUUUUUAUCAAGAUGAAACACUGUACUAUGCAGCAAGUACUCCAAAAGGAAAUGAUUACAAGGGAAAGGUUGUUAUAUUUGAGUUUGACAGUUCGAGAGCAAUCCAGGGAAAAGAAACAAAACUGGGUGAGCAAUUCGGGGAAUAUUUUGGCGCUUCUAUCGCUUCAGGAAAAAUCAAUUCAGACAAUCUGGACGAUUUAGUUGUGGGAGCACCUUAUUUCAAAGACAAAUCAUACAAUGAAGGAAGAGUUUAUGUAUUCCUCAGCGAGAGAAAGGACUUGAAAAUGUAUACAGUACUAACUGGUAGAAGCACAAACAGUCAAUUUGGAUCAGCUAUCAUGUGUUUAGGAGACAUUGACUUAGAUGGAUAUGGAGACAUUGCAAUUGGUGCCCCCUAUGAAGACGAUAACACAGGAGCAAUAUACAUUUAUGGGGGAAGUAAUACAGGUGUUGACAAAAUUCCUCGUCAAAUAAUUCUUGGAAAACAAAUCACACCGGAAAUACUAGGAUUUGGUAUCAUUAUCUCUAAGGCGAUUGAUAUGGACCACAAUAAUUACAAAGAUUUGGCGAUAGGUGCUUAUUUAUCAGGCAAUGCUGUGCUUCUGAGAAGUCGUCCAAUAGUCGUCGUACACUAUAAUCUUCUUGCAGCUCCUAGUGUAUUGAAAUUGGAUUCGACUUCUUUCUUGUUGAAUAUUUGUUUUUCAUACUCUAUUCACAGUGAAGAAACUGUUGAUAUUAUCUACGAAAUAAAAGUAGUAGGUCGAGCAAAUAUAUUUGGCAAUGAAACUAUCAUUAGAAAUCUCGUUAUAACUAAAGGAAACCUUACAUGUGAUUCUAUCAAUGUAACUGUUGAGGAGUCAGAAAAUCUUAGCUCAUCUAUAAAAGCAGUAUUUUCGUAUAGACUGAACUACAAUUCAACAGAGAAGGGGAUAACAUAUAUUUCGGAAAGUGUACUCGAAAACAAGGACGAAUUGUGUAUACGGUGUCCCGUUUUGGAUGAAUAUCGCUCGAACGAAACAUAUAAGGAAUUCGAUAUUCCUUUUACCAGGGAUUGUGGAGAUGACGAUAUUUGCCAAUCAAAUUUGAGUAUCAGUAUAAAUAUCGCGGGUUUGGGGAAAAAUGAGCCCUUUGUACUUGGAUCAAGAAAUAACCUGGAAGUAGAGGUGGUAUUGGAUAACACAGGAGAAAAUGCUUUUGGUACAGAAUUACAGAUUAUAUUACCGGAAGUUACGUUUAGACAAAAACCAGCCAGAUGCAGAAACAUAUUCACAAACGGUUCGGCCGUUAUUUGUACUAUUGACAACCCACUGAGAAAAAAUGCAACGAGAAUACUCCAUUUAGAUCUGAACUUGGAAACAAAUUUGUACAAGUUUUCGUCUGCAAAGGAGCUGCAAAUGCUUUUCACAAUUGUGACAACCAGUGAGAAUAGUAAGAAUUUUGUUAGAUACGGACUAGAACUAAGGCGAGAGGCUGAUAUCAAAUUAUUUGGGAUCUCGGAACAACAAAGUAACUUCCUUGGAAACAGUACUACUGGUACAUCGGAUGUAACACACACUUACAAGAUCGAAAAAAUUGGGGUGAGUCCAUUGGAGAAUAUCACAGUUGAGAUAGAAAUCCCUCACACAUAUGUUUCUCUACAAAAAGAAGUCACAUUCAUUGGAGUGUAUGAGCCUAUCUCGUUUGUUGGUAGUCAACCAAUGACCUGUCGAAGUGAAUUAACAUAUGCAUCACUGAAACGAUCUCAAACUGAAGAAGAAAAUGUAUUCGGUGAUGUCAGACGAAAACGCCAAGUGGAAGUGUUCAAAAAUGUUUCGACGCACAAUAAAGAAGACGUGAAAAUCAACGACAAGGAAAUAGAAUUAACUCCAAACAAAACUUUGUAUUUGAAUAGUAGUUCUGAAGCUGUAAAGUGGAGCUCAAUUAUAUGUGAAUUUGACAUGUUGCAAGAGUCUCUAGCCUCCAUCGAAAUUAGGAUGCUGUUCAAUAUAUCUGCUAUUUCAGAUUUGAUGGAAAGUAAAGAUACAAUUUUAUUCUCAACACACGGAAAAGUCAAAAUUGGCAAAACUGCGAAGAGUGGAAAUAGAUCUAUAGAUGUGUCUACCGCUUUUGUGAAUGAUGUAAUCAAGAAGAAGAAGGUCGCCCUCUGGAUUAUAAUUUUGUCUGCCAUAGCUGGUCUUCUACUGCUGGCAUUGUUGGUUUAUGGCCUCAUUAAAGCGAGAUUUUUCAAGAGAACGAUUAGGGAAGAACUGGAGAAUAUGAAGGCAGCAGUACAAGAAGAGGAUGCAGCCAAAAAAGCAGCAGAAGAAGGACAAAUUCAGGAGGAAUUAUCGCCUCCAUUUGAAUCUGACAUCAACUCAUCCAAAGAGGGGCUCUGUGAUAAGGACGAGUGAAUAAUAACAUGAGAAAAAGUUGUCAUUGCAAAAUAUAGUAUAUGUC